CAUGCGUGUGGAGCACCUGGAAAUCAGUCGUCAACGGAGCGUUUCAGCCGAGCGAGGGGUGAUGCGGACUCUGAAACGGGGUCAAAAAUAAACUCUUAUCCAGAAAGAAGCUGAAACCGCUCUGUAAGGUGCUUUGAGUCGUUUUUGUAUACCUGGUUGUCAUUUGGAUGCGUGGAAAGAAGCCCAAGAAGGAAUAUUUUAUGACUAAGAAGCCACUUUUUCUGGAUACUCAUUUUCCGUGAGGACGCCACCCGAUAUCCGCGUUUCACUGAAUGCAGUGAGAUAUGAAAGGAUGACUGUUUAAUUUUCCCCUGUUUUACGGCACUACCUCGCCUCUUUCUGUUUUUCCUCUCUUCCUCCACACGGCCUGUCUUUGGACUCGCUAUGGUGGACUCGAAUGCGAUGAGGAAGACUUUUGUGGUCCCGGACAUAAAACCCUUGGAUCAGUAUGAUUUUAGCAGAGCCAAGAUAUGCGGCAGUGUAGGAUGGCUGCUGGCAAAAUCUUACGGCAAUGCAGAGAAUGUUCCGGUGGAGCUGCGGAACCCCUUCUACUGCGACCAAUACGAACAGGAGCACCUGAAGCCGCCCGUCACACGGCUACUGCUGUCACCGGAGCUGUACUGCCGCACCUACGGUGUUCUGCUGGCCAAGGAGCCGCCCAGGGACGCCCCCAGCCUCCUUCAGGCCCUUGCGAAGAAGGGCCUGGCCCCCAGGGACCAGAGCACGCCCGUGACCGAGGCUGACCUGCGCCACAAACCCAUCAAGAUGAGCGCCCACUUGGCACUGAUAGACGCCUUGAUGGUGGUGGGAGCCAUGGAGACGGUGAGCGCGGCGCGGAUGGAUGGAGCGUCUGAGAGGCUCGGAGGAGACAGCGACUGGGAGAGCGCCCUGCUGCGCUGGGUCCGCACGUUAAAUCAGAAGCUGAAGGAAAUUGUGGAGGAUGACCACACACAGCCCAGUACAGAGCCACAGCCUGUUCAAGCUUCGUGUCCCACCCGCUGGUACUGGAAGCUUGUUCCUCUCCGCUACAGGAAGGAGCAGAUGCCGUCCAGACUCGGGCCGUGUUUCCCUGUGGUGAGCGGCGUGCAGGAUCUGUCCAAUGGCUGCGCCAUUGCUGCCCUCGUGCACUUUUACUGCCCCGGCCUGCUGCGUUUGGAAGAUAUUUGUAUGAAGGAUUCCAUGUCUUUGGCCGAUAGUCUUUACAACCUGCAGCUGCUCCGGGAGUUCUGUGACAGCUGUCUGAAGAGCUGCUGCCACCUAGCGUUGGAAGACAUGCUCUACAGCCCACCUGAGCUACAGGUGAACGUGCUGAGUUUUUUGGCUGAGCUCUUGUAUUGGUUUGAGGUGUCGAAGCCCGAGUUUGUACAGCCCCUGCGAACGCCCGACCCGGCCGAAACCUCAGGAAAGACGGACAGACGCAACAGUGGGACCGGCAACAGCUCUCCCUCCAUCUUCAGAAAGCCCUUCCUACCCAUCUCCUCUCCCAUGACCCUGGUUCCGGGCUCUCUGACUCAGUCUACCUCAAUGUCUCACGUAGAGGCGGUCGGACGAACGUGGUCCAGGAAACCACUCAGUCGUCCCCUGUCUUCUGCAGUGUCCUUCAGUAUCCCUUUUGGUUUGGACAGUGAUGUGGACAUAGUGAUGGGCAACCCCGUCAUAACUCGCUCGGUCAGCUCCGACAACCUCAAUCCUGCAGGUCAGGCAGUGACGCGCGCUCCAUUCGCCCCUCCGGAGGACCUCCGCCACCUGCUGAACAAGCCUGGAGGUCCCAACGGCCCCCACCGCGCCUCCUGGGCCACUCAGAGCCCCGCCGUGCCCCUGCUGGCUGAGGAGAACGGCCUGGACGAGGCCGAGGCGGGUGAGCUGCCCACCAUCGAGGAAGCCCUGCAGAUCAUCCACAACGAGGGCAAAAUGGAGCCGCGGCUGCGGCCAGACGGGGCGCCUGACGGCUUCUACUUGCACUCGCGGGACGACGCAGCCAGUCAUGGGCUCAAUGGAAGCCCCGCCCUGCUUGGCGGCUCUGCCCCUUCCCACUCAGGAAUGCAGUAUCGACCGCACGGGGAGCCAGCGAAGGUGGGGCGCACCCGCCACACCUCAGAGGGCUCGCGCGACGACGACUCCGUCCUGAGAGAUGGGAGCGUGGACUCGGACGCGUCGGAGGACCUUCCUAAGACACACUCCGUGCCGGCCACGCCCGCGGGCGGUGCCCGCGUGGCCCGCCCCCACGGCGCGGAGACUCCGGACAGCGGCGUGAAGAUGACCAGCUUUGCCGAGCGCAGGAAGAAGCAGCCGGCGGAGGCGCCCAAGCCCAGUGAAUCGCAGGCCCCACAGCUGACCACGUGGGCGGCUAAGAAGACGGAGGAGAGCCCCAGCAAGAGCCCGGCUCUCAGCAGCGAGAUGUCGGACCUCGGGGCGAGGCUCGAGGAGAAGCGCAGGGCCAUUGAGGCGCAGAAGAAACGCAUCGAGGCCAUCUUUGCCAAGCACCGGCAGAGGCUGGGCAAGAACGCCUUCCUGCAGCUACAGAAGGGACAGCAGGAGGGCGACUCACAGGAGGGGGGGACAGGAGAGCCCAGCGUCUCCACUACGGUGGAGGAGCCCAGCCGCAUGGAGCCAGACGCCAGGCCGGCGCGAGCCGGGAAUGAGGAAGAGCAGAGGUGGCGCCCCUCUGUGGAGACUGAGGGCAACAUCAAGGCCUCUUCACUGCAGGACCAUAAAGACAAACCAGAGGCGGGUAUGGCAGGAGAGAGGAGCGCGGUCCCAUUGGGCAACUACAACAACGCCGUGUCGAAGCUGAACGCGGCACUCAGCUCUCUGCAGAGUGACAUGCAGCGUCUGUCCGAGCAGCAGAGCCAGCUGAUGAAGAAGCAGCUCCCCCCCAACGACCAGACGUGGGUCACCCAUCCCAGCCUGAAGACGUCAACCCCGGGGCCGGCGCUGCGGCCGUCCAGGGAGUCCACGCGCGACACGCCCGCCACCCCGGCCUCCUCCUCGCCGUCCCCUUGCCGCCGCAUCAGCGCUCAAGCCACGCCCCCCAAGUCGCCUGCCGCCCACCGCCGGGCUCAGUCCGCCCCGCCCAAAAGCCCCAAGCACCAACCCCACUCCCGGCCGGCAGACCUCAAGGUGCCCGCGCUCACCCGCGUCAUCACGGCCCCUCAGAGCGUGGACAACAUCCCUCACCGGCGCAAGGUGUCGCCGUGGCAGUACCGCGACCAGACCUCGUCCUCCUUCAGCAUCGGCUCCGCCUCCAGCCAGCCGCUCCGCCCCGACGACAGCAACUCCGAGACGGGCUCCAGUGAGGACCACACGGUCUUCAGCCUGGACCUGGACGGAGGCCUCGCCCCCGGCGCGGCCAGGAAGGAGCUCCACGGUGGGGGUGGGAGCUCCGGAGCGCCGUCCGAGUGCUCCUUCGAAAGCGACGUGCCCGCGUCCGCUUUCGGCACCAAGCGCGGCAGCCUGAUCGAGAUCUCGCUGUCCUCCUUGAGAGGGCCGGAUGGAGAGGACACCGCCGACGCCAUCUCCGACUCCAUGAGCGACGUGACGGAGCCCGAGACGAAGGGCGGGGUCGGGUUCUUCUUUAAGCAGGAUGAGGUCCGGCCCGAGGACGAGAUGGCACAGAGGAGAGCUGCCUUACUGGAGAAGCAGCAGAAACGAGCUGAGGAGCUGAAGAGACGGAAGCAGGAGCAGGAACGAGAGAGGGAGGCCAGCAGACGCGGCUCUGUGGACGAGCUGCAAGCAGGCGAGAGGGCGGAGCGGCCGCAGACACCCUGCACCCCUCCCCUGGUGGAGGGCACGCCCCAGCGUCGCGGAGACUUCACCCGGCAGGAGUAUGAGCGCCGCCAGCAGCUCAAGAUCAUGGAGGACCUGGACAAGGUGCUGCGUCAGAAGCCCACCACCGUCCGGGGGGUGAAGAAGCAGCGGCCCAAAACGGUGUUCCACGACGACUCGGCCCUCUCGCGCAGCCCAGCCAAGGGGCUUAUGGGUUCCAGACUGAAUAGGGUGUACUCUCACUCCACCAACAACCUGGCCUCUAUGGCCAAUGACAGCGGGACCCUUACUGUCCGCAAGUCUCCAAGCCGCUCGCACUCCCCGUCGAGGCUGAUGUCCCCAGGCCGUCUGGCCACGCAGAACGGAGAGAAGGACUGGGAGAACGCGUCCACGAUUUCCUCCCCUGCCUCCAUACCAGAGUAUACCGGACCCAAAUUGUACAAGGAGCCGAGCUUCAAAUCCAACAAGUUCAUCAUCCACAACGCCAUCUCGCGCUGCUGCCUUGCAGGAAAAGUCAACGAACCGCAGAAAAACAAGAUCAUCGAAGAAAUGGAGAAAAGUAGCGCCAACCACUUCCUCAUUCUAUUCCGCGACUCGAGCUGCCAGUUCCGGGCGGUCUAUACCAUGAACCCAGAGACAGAGGAGCUGCAGCGUCUGACGGGCAUCGGCCCGCGGGUCAUCAUCCCCUCCAUGGUCGAGUCCAUCUACAAGUACAGCUCCGACCGCAAGCAGUUCAGCGUCAUCCCGUCCAAAACCAUGUCCAUGAGCGUGGACGCCUUCACCAUCCCCGGCCAUCUUUGGCAGAGCAAGCGUCCCGGGACACCCAAGAAGCUUGGGACCCCCAAAUAGAGGCGACUGCUCCCGCCCGUGCCACCAGAUCUGGACUGACCCGAAUCUCCUUUCCCUCUCAAAGAUGACUGUGCGCUUCAGGACUGAGGCGGUACACACUGAAAUGGUGAGGUAGAACACCAGAAAAUAAUUGACCCCACCCCCUCAGAAAUUGACCAGUGUCCCCUCAAGAACGCUUCCAUCUGCUUUUGCUGCAAACCGAAAGAAGUCGGAAAGAAUGCCACGGCCAUUUUCCUCACAUCACAAAACAUGGCACCUCGGUCUGGCUGUCGGCCAGCUGGGAUCUGGACUGGGUACUGGAUUGUAUCCAAACCCCCCGUGUCUGACAGCUUGGUGCACAUGCUGUCGAUCUAGUGGCCUCUCCCGUUUCAUCCUGACCCUGUUUGGUCAUCUCAAACGUGACCCCUGGUUGUCAGCUCUGGGAUGAGGUGCUGAUGAACAGAUGCUGCUUUAAGGACAUGCCACUCAAAUGGGAAUUAGUCCCCAUUUUCCCUCUUCCUGUCUUUUUUAUAUAAACGUGUAUCCUUGACUCUGUCGUUUUGUUUUUUUUCCCCCCCCCUUGUGUUUGUUGCCCUUCCUAUCGAGGGGCAGGGAAUCCCAUCGCUGACCUCUGAUCUCAAGCUGAAGCGUGAUGGGGCAUCUCACCGUAAACCUG